AUGUGGUCGCACGUGGGUGGUGUCGGCGGAGGCGCCAACGGCGGAGCAGAGGAUGGUCAUCCACCUUCGGAGGCGGCUUCCCCUCCUCAUCAUCCACCUCCUCCUCCUCCUCCUCCUCAUCCACACCAUCAUCCGAUCCAUCACAAUGCAGCGGCGGCUGCUGGUUCUCAUCCGCCUCCGCCACCUCACAACGAUUGGAGAUGGGACUCUCAACACCGCCAUUAUCCUCAGACGAUUCCCGGGAAUUUCUCUGUGGAAGAAGAAGAAGAAGAAGAAGAAGAAGAAGAAGAAGAAGAGGAGGAGGAGGAGGAGGAGGAGGAGGAGGAGGAAGGCUUGAAGCCUGUCUUUGGUCGGGGUCCAAGAGGUGGUGGUGAUUUAUAA